AUGCCCCCAAGAACACAACCUGUGCUGCUGAGAUCACUCACGUCCCGGAAAGUCCAGAAGCGCCAUUUCAGCCAAGGGCUUCGCCGUGCAGACCAAACAUGGGGUGAGAAGGAGGAUCUGGAUACGGCAUGGAUGGACGAGCGAACCUCAUCCAACGAGAGAGUGCCCCUCCACAAGACGAGACGAGUGUUUUCCGGCAUCCAGCCUACCGGGGUGCCACAUCUAGGAAACUAUCUUGGAGCUCUUCGACAGUGGAAACGCUUCCACGACCAGUCGACCGAUCCGAAUUUCUCCAUCAACUAUGAACCUGAGCAGUAUUUCUCCGUUGUCGACUUGCAUUCCCUGACCGGGGAUAUUGCUCCACAAGAUCGGUUACGGCUGAGGAAGGAAUCGUUUGCUUCGUUACUGGCUAUGGGACUGCAUAAUACCGCUGAGACUACUGUUUUCUUUCAAUCCGAUGUGUGGUGUCAUUCGGAGUUGAUGUGGAUUUUGAGUACUUUUGCGUCCACUGGCUAUCUUUCGAGGAUGACACAAUGGAAGAGCAAGUUAAAUCUACCGGACACUGCCAACCUGGACAGUGACGAGGCUACGGCCAAACUCAAAUUGGGACUGUUCUCAUAUCCUGUGCUGCAAGCAGCCGACAUACUGUUGUACCGUGCUUCCAUGGUGCCAGUCGGGGAAGAUCAGUUACAGCAUAUCGAAUUCACUCGCUCUCUGGCACGGACUUUCAACUCACAUGUCCAGAGAGUCGGCUCGGGUCAAGCUGUGUUCCGAAUACCAUGGCCAGUUUUGUCCCCUGCCAAACGAAUCAUGUCUCUCAAACGACCAACACAAAAGAUGUCCAAAUCCGAUCCUGACCCCAAGUCACGGAUUCUCAUCACCGACAGCAAAGAAGACAUCUACGCCAAAGUCAAGGGAGCCGUGACCGAUUCGGAGCCGGGCAUUUCCUUCGACCCGGAACGGCGGCCGGGCGUGUCGAACUUGAUUGAGAUACUGAAACACGUCACGGAAUCUAAUCAGCCGUCGCAGUUCAUUGCCAAGGAUCUGGAGAACACGAGUAUGCGCGCGUUCAAGGAGAUGGUUGCAGGGGAAAUCGUCAAGGCUUUGGACGGCAUCCGCGACAAUUUCUUGGAGCUGAUGCAACCCAACAAUUCCCGACUGCAUGACGAAGUGUUUCAGGGCGGGUGGAAGGCGCGAGACAAAGCCAAGAGUACUCUGCAAGAUGUCAAACAGUCUCUCGGUCUGCAGACAUUGGCUCUGCCAUGGUUGGAAAAGGAGCGUCAGCCCAGGAAAGACUCUCGUCCCGAACGAGUCGUCAGAAAAGAGGAAGAGCUGGAUUCACCCUCGUCCAGUCCGGACCAAUUCGAGGGCGCACCCAUCAGACAUAGCUCGGCCGAGGCUCAUGUGCCGAUCCGGCAUAUUCCAGUUGGACAUGAGAAGAGAUCUAGCGGUCGUUCGGGGAGGUCUUGA